AUGUCUUCCUACGCAGCCUCCAUUACUUCAAAUCCCUUUGCAACACACACCAAAAAGUCAACUGCUGUAGCGCAUCCAGAGAUGGAGAUCACACUGGAUCAACAUACCGAUGAGAAGAUAUACACCACAUGGGAUGCAAUCUCUGGAAGAGUAGCCAUCACCGCACCUCACACAUCUCGAUUUGAUGAAGUUCAAAUCACACUAGAAGGAUGUGUGAGGACGUAUGUGGAAGCAUUAUCACCAACUCACACAGCAGCCAAAACGACAGCAGUCCACAGAUUCUUGAAGAUGAUCAUGCCAGUCUCGGAAUCAGAAUAUCCGCACCCGAGGGUCGCGGAGGCUGGUCGAACUUAUACCUUUCCUUUCAACUUUGUUAUUCCGGAUCGACUUUUGCCUCGGUCGUGUUCUCACCCGAUGGUCGCGGAUCACGUUUGUGAGGCACAUUUGAAUCUACCACCUAGUAUGGGUGACCGCGAGAUUCUCCAUGGAAAGUCUGAUAUGGCGCCUGAGAUGUGUAGAGUUCAAUAUUCGAUUCGGGUCAAAGUUAUGAAAAAUGGAGACAGAGCGGAUGACAAGAACAUCUCGCUUGUCGAAGGACAGAAGAAAAUCCGCGUGGUACCUGUUGUUGCCGAAGCCGCGCCUCUCAACGUUGGGUACGGACAGGAUAAGUUUGUUCUCUCUAAAACCAAAUCGUUGAAGAAGGGAUUGUUCUCCGGAAAAUUAGGCAAGAUUACAAUCACCGGAGCCCAGCCAGGUGCAAUCGUUCUUCCAGCACCAUCGUCCAAAUCGGAUGUACCACCUACGACCAUGGCAACAGUCCAGCUCCGAUUUGACCCAAAAAAGACCUCUUCUAAACCACCACGUCUGGGAGCUUUGAGUGCAAAGAUCAAAAGCUCUACCUUUUUUGCCGUACGACCAACGGCUCAUCUUCCAACACAUCGUAACUCCUCAUCUCAAUUUGCAAUUCACAGUGGUGUUUACGACAACACGGUUUCUCUUUCUUCCCGCUGUGUUGAAUCCGUCCAAUGGAGAAAACACCUCCCAACACCUGUAACUUCCAGACGAGGAUCGGCAUACUCAGAUAGCUCAUCAGAUUACUCCGAUAGCACACAACUCCUCAACCUGGAGGAAAACACUCUCCACUACACCGCUACAAUUCUCGUUCCCAUCACCCUUCCCACAAGCAAGACUUGGAUCCCGACAUUCCACAACUGUAUCUCCUCCCGCAUCUACGUCCUGGACCUCUCCUUCUCUGUCCACACCCCAGGAACCGGCAUCCUAGCAUCCAACAUGUCUCUGCACAUGCCCCUUCAAAUCGCCGCCGCGGGAAACCAGACCGAGAGACCGGCUAUGACGGAGGCGGAAGCAGCAGCCGAACUCGCAGAAGUCGAUGAGUUCUUGAGACCUCGAGUGUUGGAGAUCCCCAGAUCGGAGCUUAUUGGGAAUAGUGUCCUGUCACAUCGCUUUACCGAGCUACCACCAAGCUACGAGGCCUUUUGUUCGUCUUCGCGCGAGAUUGCUGGACGGUGUUAA